AUGCCACCUCCAGCACUCGCCAGGACACCACGAACACCAACACGAACACCAACACCAACAACGCCGGAUGGAGUACCAAUACCAGCCGAAGUGCCACAACCAGCCGAAGUAACACAACCAGUCGCAGUACCACCACCAGCCGAAGUAACACAACCAGCCAGAGUACCACCAGCACCAGUUGGAGUACCACCACCAACAACAACAGCAUAUGAACCCCACCAAAAUAAUAUCCCCCAGAAUAUCCCCCUUCCCGACCAAAACAACCUGAACUGUUCGAGUAUUGAGGUUGAGAAGGGAGAGUGGCAAAUAGUUCUCCAUAAAAAGAGGGUGAGGCGCAGAGAGGAGGAAAUGCCCAAAGUCGGCAACUCACACAACAACCAACAGCACUAUCACCUCAAACGUCGACACAAACGGUCUGCACAAACACCACCACCCUCACAGCCAUCGACACCAACACAAACCUCAAAACAUUUUAUAAAAGAAUCUACAAAACUCUCGUGGAAACGCCCACAACAAAGACCAUGGGAACAACACUGCCACACAACAAUGGUCCCGACUAGAUUACCUGAAUGUGCCAAUGUGAACUUUGACAAACCGCAUCGGGUCAUCUAG